AUGAUCACUAUUUACAAAUUAUUCGAAGAAGAUGCCCUCGAUCAAAACAAUAACAAAAAAGGCUACGAAAACUGGGUCUAUCAGAAAUGGGAGGAAGAAACGAUUGAGUUUGAAGACUCUUUUAGAAUUCUAGACAGGCUUCGAUUACUGGAGAGCAAGCUUGCCCAAGUGAUCAAGAAUAGAAAGCAGCGACUGGGCAACUUCGAGGACAAAGUCUUCUUUGGAAUCUGGACGGCAGACGACAUGAUCAUCAAAUGGGAGAAACAAAAGCUUGAAAAAGCUGUCGGCUUCUCUGGCAUGAUCGUCGCAUAUUUCUUCAAAAUGAUGGAAUUAAACUUUACCGUGAUUGAGCGAGGAUCUGAAAUUGGCGGAACUUGGUACUGGAACUCCUACCCGGGAAUUGGCUGUGAUGUGCCGAGCCAUUUGUACUCGUUUUCUUUCUAUCUCAAGUCGAAUUGGACGCAUUUUUUCUCCUAUGGUGGAGAAAUUCACAAACUCUGGGAAAUCACAAAACUCAAAGAUGGCAAAACAACAGAGGAGUCGUACAACAUCUUGAUUUCCUGCGCCGGAGGACUUCAUCGACCAAACUGGGGUGGAUUCAAAGGAGUUGAGAAGUACAAAGGCCUCAAGGUUCAUACAACUCGCUGGCCUCAAGAUCUCGACUUGACGGGAAAACGAGUUGGAAUAAUCGGCUCCGGAGCAUCUUCAAUUCAGAUUUUACCGUCAAUCGUUCGUCAGUUCAAAAUUGAAAAGCUGGUUCAUUUUCAACGAAACGCAGCAUUUGUUCUUCCACGAAAUCAAUUCGCUUAUUCCAAUCGCGCGAAAUCCAUUCUAGCCGUCUUUCCCUUCGGUAUUCUCUACAGAUGGUCUCAGUAUUUGAUCCGCGAAAUUCGAUUCAUCUUUCUCUGGCGAUUUUGGAAGCUUGGAGUAAACAAGUGGAUCCGAGGACUUCAUGCGACGGGGAUUAGAAAGCAUAUCAAGGAUAAACGAGUGGCAGAAGCGAUGGUUCCUGACUAUGUUAUGGGAUGCAAACGAAUUCUUAUAUCGGACGAGUUCUACUCAGCACUCAACAAGCCCUGUUAUAAUUUGGACAACUCUGGCAUUGUCGAGCUCAGCGAAAAAGGAAUAGUAACGAAAGAUGCGGAACAUGAGCUCGAUGUCAUCAUUUUUGCAACAGGAUUCGACUUGUCCUCGAAUUUUAACUUCUUGGUUGAGCACAACCCCAACCUCGAGAUGCUGAAGCCGGAUGCCGAGAAGAAGACUUUCUGGGGAGUAUUUUAUCCAAAGGUGCCGAAUCUUGUUGGUUUAUUAGGACCAAUGACUGGUCUUGGGCAUAAUUCUAUCAUUUUCAUGAUUGAGUGCCAGCUCCAAGCAAUCAUAAACGUCAUCAAAUUGCUUUUUGAGGAACGAAAAGACUGCUUCGUGGUUACUGAUAAAGCUGUUGAUGAAUGGAACGAAGAAUGGGUCGAGCGAAUCGAGAGUUCCAUCUGGGCCCGAUCAAACUGCGUCAGUUGGUAUCAACAAGGAGAUCCAAACAAUCGAGCUUGGGGACUUUGGCCAGGCUCUACUACUGAGUACUGGUGGCGAACCAGAAAUAUUUCUAAGAAAAAUUUCAAGUUCUUCAAUUAA